GUGGCGAGAGGGCGGAGCGGAUGUUUCCGGUUCCGGGAUCCUGCCCGGGGUUGGCUGAAGGUCGGAGCAGGAGCGGGAACAAGGAGAAGGGACGAUCAAGGCCAGAACACACAACAAGCAGGCUCGGCUGCGGAGGGAAUGGAGUCCCAGGCUCAGGCCCUCGCCGCUGACCCGCACUUACAGCAGUUCAUCGAGGUGGAGAGUCAGAAGCAGAAAUUCCAGCAACUGGUUCACGGCCUCACGGAGCUCUGCUGGGAUAAAUGUAUGGAUAAACCAGGUCCACGGCUCGACAGCAGAACUGAAACCUGCUUUGUGAACUGUGUGGAACGUUUUAUCGACACCAGCCAGUUCAUCCUCAAUCGACUAGAACAGACACAAAAAAGCAGGAUGUCACCAGAGAGCCUGAGUGACUGAAUGAGCAGGAGUGUACCAUGGAACAGCAGCACAAAGGACUUGCCAUAACAUACAUCACGGUGUGUGUCAGGCACAGUGUGGCAUUGGCAGGCAGCAUUGCUGGGGCACAGCUCCAUGGGACCUGCUAGCCCCUGACUGCUCUCGGAAGGACCUUAACUCAGGCAACUAUGUCCUUGAUUCUGAGUCUCCUGUAUGAUCGUCUUACCAUCCAGAAAUAAAGCACGGUGGUGUUUUUAACAUAAA